AUCAAGGAAAUCUCUAGCUUCGUAGAUAAACACCCUGGAGAGGUGUGAACCCGGCGAGCACGCAGUCCCCGUCCCCCCCAAAAGAACCGUGAAAGGGUUCUUCACGCCGCGCUGGCCGACAUGUCUGAGACAUACGACUUCCUCUUCAAGUUCCUGGUGAUCGGCAGCGCCGGGGCGGGAAAGUCCUGCCUCCUCCACCAGUUCAUCGAGAACAAGUUUAAGCAGGACUCCAACCACACCAUUGGAGUGGAGUUCGGCUCCAGGGUGGUCAACGUCGGUGGGAAGACGGUCAAACUGCAGAUCUGGGACACUGCAGGGCAGGAACGAUUCCGUUCUGUAACACGGAGCUACUACAGAGGAGCGGCCGGUGCACUUCUCGUCUAUGACAUUACGAGUCGAGAGACGUACAACGCCCUGACAAACUGGCUGACAGACGCACGGACACUAGCCAGCCCCAACAUCGUUAUUAUUCUGUGCGGCAACAAGAAAGACCUGGACGCAGACAGAGAGGUGACCUUCCUGGAGGCCUCACGCUUCGCUCAGGAGAACGAUCUAAUGUUUCUAGAGACGAGCGCUCUGACGGGCGAGAACGUCGAAGAGGGGUUCUUGAAAUGCGCUCGCAUCAUCCUCAACAAGAUAGAGUCAGGAGAGCUGGACCCGGAGAGAAUGGGCUCAGGGAUUCAGUACGGAGACGCGUCGCUGAGGCAGCUGCGGCAGCCCAGAGGCACAACGACACAGAACAAGCAGCAGUGUAACUGCUAGGGUCAGGUGCCAUCCUCACCUGAACCCACGGGCCCACGCUGACGGGACGCCCCCUACAGCUCAGCUCCAGGUGUUCUUCAGUGUGUGUGAGAGUGUGUGUGUGUCAGAGUGUGUGUGUGAGUGCACCUCGUACCUUAGAUCACCUGGAUGAGCAGAGGUGGACUCAAACCGCCGACCACGACUAUGAAUACUCGUCUCCAUCUGAGCGGCUCUGUUGUGCUUCUGAUCCGGACAGGGAAACUCCUCAGCAGGAACACAACCGGAUCAUGAAGAGACAUCAUCAUCAUCAUCAUCAGACGAGGACAAGCCCUGGGUUGUUUGUAGUUUGGUUUUGUCUCACUUUGUUUUUAGUAAGUCCAAAAUGCUUUUGUCAUUUGCACAUUGUUAAACGUUGUCAGUGUUUUUGUUAUUCAGCCUCUCCUGGAGCGACUUGGUACUACCGGUAGUUUUUGUUCAGUUCAAUCCUGCAGUUGGUUUGUAACAAACGGUAUAACGGUAUAUGGGGGAGUGGUGGAGCAGAGGUUAGAAGAUG